UUUAGGAAGAGAAUUUACUUUUUGCAAUUUCAAAAUAUUAGUUUUAACAAAAUGGGUUGCACAGCGAGCAAUUUUUCAUACGACACUAGUUUUGACAAAGCUAUGCCUGUCCGCUCAAUACCGCAUAAACGUAACUUUAGCAGCCGCGUCGACUGUACCGCCAGUAGUGGACUCUCUACGGAGCAAAGCAGUAGCAGCAGUAAUACAUCGGAACGUUAUAGCAGUGCGAGUACGUGGAGCAGCUGUAGCACGCCACCCCCACCAAGAAGCUCCUCCACACCAACCAAAAAGAAACAAAUUCUACAAAAACGACCAGCUUUCUUGAAGCUCUGCCGCAAGGACAUGCCGAAAGCGCUGGCGCGUCUAACCCUCAGCGACAAACAAAAGCCACAACAAGAGACACCGCCACCAGUGCAACACAAACGCAUAACGGAACAUUCCAUUGGCUACUUCACUGGUUCCACUGAUGAUUUGGAUAGCAGUUGCAGCAGUUUCAAUUACAAUGACCUAUUAUUACACACAAAGGACAUGAACCCAUCAAGUGAUAUGAGCAGUACUUGCAAACAGAGUGAUUGUGACAGUGUCACCUCAUCGGAGCGCAGUGACAGUCAACCCGUUUCGAAUUUAAAAAUGGAGAUCCUAAUGAUGCGCGAGAAUGUGCAAUUAAUGCCGAAGACUUCGUCGCCAUUUUGUACACGCCGCGAUUUGUCUUCGUGCAGCAGUGGAGUGAGUUAUGUGAACAUUGCGCCGCCCUCGGAUACUUAUUGCCUAUGGCGCCAAUAUCUACAGGAUGCACCAGCCUACUCAUUUGGCAACGUCACCGCCAUACCCGAAGCCAUUGCCGGCCAAUUUAGUCCAGAUGAUCAUCCGGCUUAUACCAAACUGCAGAAUUUCGAAUGUGUCAGCGCGCCAAAACGUUAUCGUAUACAUCCCAAAAAGGGCAAGCACGCCGCGACUAGUGUUCCACUAGCUGCGAUAGUGCCUGUUUGUGGCGUAACAGGCGCCAUCAUCUCGACUGAAUUGUGAACACGCGACUCCGCUCGACGCGGAAUCGUCGUUGUCUCACAGACGGUGAGCAUGGAUAGAUAAGGAGAUGAGUGAUGUGACGAUUGAUCUUAAAGGAUUUUAAAACUACCUCAAUGUGCCUUUUUAUGCUGUGAUUUUGGACUAUUGCUGGCUGGAAGUAACU